UUUUUUCCUAACCUGUUGUGGGUGUAACUCCGUGUAACUACCCUCACUUUGCUCAUAUUUAAUUUCUCGCAAGCCGCUCAACCUUCAACACAAUCUGCACAGCUUGCAUCACGAAAUCUUGUUUCUCUUUUAUUUUGUUAUAAAUACCUCGCGAAGAAUAAUUAUAAGAUGGCGAGUAGCGUGGAAGUCCCGAAGUUGAAACUGAAUGACGGCAGGGAAAUGCCCGCUAUCGCUUUGGGAACAUAUUUAGGAUUUGAUGCGAAUGGUGUAGUUGAACCGACCAAAGACCUGCGCGAUACUCUGUCUCGGUCUAUCGACAUCGGCUGGCGUCACUUCGACACCGCCUCCGUCUAUAAGACAGAGAAGACUAUAGGGGAAGCUAUCAGUAUGAAAAUACAGGACGGAACUGUACAGAGGAGUGACGUGUUCGUUACUACUAAGCUCUGGAACACUCACCACAAACGGGAGAAGGUGAUGACAGCCAUCAGGGAGUCUUUGGAAGCACUUGGGCUGAACUAUAUUGACUUAUACUUGAUGCAUUGGCCCAUCGGUUUGAACGAAGACUACACGCAUUCAGAUGUAGAUUUCAUGGAGACGUGGCGCGGUAUGGAGGACGCCCAGAACCUGGGUCUGGUCAAGUCCAUAGGAGUGUCCAACUUCAACAAGGAGCAGCUACAGAGGAUCAUCAGGGAAGGAACCGUGAAGCCGGCUGCUUUGCAGAUUGAGAUACAUCCACAGAUCAUACAGUCUGACCUGGUUGACUUCGCAAGGUCCGAGGACAUCGUUGUAAUGGGAUACAGUCCUUUCGGCUCCCUGGUGAUGAGAUAUGGCCAGCAGUUCCCCGGCCCCAAAAUGGAUGACCCCGACCUCACCAAGAUGGCCCAGAAGUAUGGAAAGACUACGCCUCAAAUUGUGCUCAGGUGGUUGGUGGAUAGAAACAUUGUGCCAGUCCCUAAAACAACCAAAGUGAACCGCUUGGAAGAAAACAUCAACAUCUUCGAUUUUAAAUUGGAAAAAGAAGAAAUUGAUAAGAUUAACUCUUUUGACAGCCACACAAGAUACACUUUCCCAUCAUUCUGGCAAAAUCAUCCUCAUUACCCCUUCGAGCAAGUCGAUAAUCCAAUUGCUGACCCCUUCAAAAAACCUGUUGAAAUACUAUAAAAUGUCGAUGUAAAAUUUUGGUACCUACUUCAUCACCAUCACUAAAAGCCACGUUCUUGUCGGUGUAGCAUUAUUCUCCAUGCUACUUUUUGAGGGAAAAUAGGGCAGUGGUUUCCCACUUGCCUUCCGCCCCGCAGUACUCUGUCAGAUGCGAGUGGGAUGGCGACCAAAGUAGUCUAUUUCAAAGCCGUACUAGGACUCCUGUCUUCCGCCCAUGAAUAGUAAGUACUGACAGUUACUGCUGCCCUCUGUCAGGUUCCAGGUUACAGUCCCUGUGACUUGCCCCUUCCGUCCUGCAUUGCCGUACCGAUGACUCCCAUCUCCGCCUUUGCAACCGUUGAGGUCUUGAGGAAAACCAAACAAAAAAAAAUACAGUUAUAUCUCUGUCUUUAUUAUAUAUUUUUUUUUUCUAUUCUCAUUUAGUAUUUUAAGGCUAUAUUUAACGAGGCCUAAAACUAAUAAGAAUUCGGGUGCGAAAUAGAGUAGGUACCUACCAUUAUUAUAAGAAAUAAAAUAAGGAAUUUGUGUAUCUUGUACUAGUUUAAGGCACAAAAUCAUGUUUUUAUAAGACAAAUAUAAUUAAAUAAAAAAUAAAACUUCAAUAGUGUUGCACAACUGUCGAUACUCAAAAUAUCGAUACAAUUGUUCAUUUACAAGUAGACAUUUUUUUUAUCGAUAGGCCCGACUAUUGCUGUAAAACUACAUGUCGAUAUUGUCGAUAUUUAUCGUUAGUUUCAUUUCCGAUUUUUUAAGACAGCCUUUGGCUAGCAAUAAAAAUCCGCCAUUUUGCUUUAUUUUCAACAAGUAUUCCCUCCCAACUUAAUGUAAGUAUGUCCUAUUAAUGAAGACUGUUAAGUAAUUAUAAUAUUAGUUAAUUGAUAUUAAAUAAUUAGUAUUAAUUGUUUGCUGAUUGUAUUAAUAAUAAUUUGAAGGAAAUAAAACACAUUUUUAUAACAA